GUUGUGGUGGAUGAGAUUAACAUGUUAAAAUCUAGAGUUUUACAUGGAGAAGAAUCUGUGGUUCAAAGUAAUAAUGUUGAACCAAAUAUUGACUCUUUAAAUAGAGAAAGUGAAGAGUUGGAUUUUCCUUUGGAGGAAGAGAUUGAAUCUGUUGAUUCUGGAUUAAAUUUACAACUCAAUGAAAAUUCCACAAAUCUUGAGAAUGCCGAUCCAGUUGUAACUGGUGAUAAAUUAAAAGAAAUUGAAAAUGAUGAAGAAAUCAGACGCAGUGAAAGACUUAGAGUUAAUUUUGACGAAAUUAACUUUCGUGAUGACAGAUCUCUAUGGGAAGAAGCCAUAAAAGAUGAACUCAACUCCCAUUUUGAAAAUAACACUUGGUCCUUAGUGCAAAAGCCAAACAAUAAAAACAUAGUUGAUUCACCUGCGAUAGUAUCUGCGUCUGCUGUACCAAUGCUGCUGAUAUCGCAGCCGCAAUUACCUGUUGUAUUUCUUGGCCAACAGCACUUGCCGCUGGCUGAGCUAUUGGACUCUGAACUACAACCGGUUGCGGAGCUUGUGGAAUUGGAGUCGGCUGCCUUGGGUGCGAGCUGGACCUACUACCAGUAG